UCGCGCGCGUCCCCCCCCACGUGUCCCCGGUGCCCGGCCCUGCCCCCGGCCCGGUGUUUAUAACCCGGGAUUCACGACGCGAUCGGCCCUGCUCCGCCGCCUGCCACCGCCGCCCGGCCCACGAGUGGUUCACCAGGCCGCAAAGUCAGAUUCUGGAAGCUGGGAACCCACAUCUCCAAUCCAAGACAAGAUGUCCAGCAAAGGCUCCGUGGUUCUGGCCUACAGCGGCGGCCUGGAUACCUCCUGUAUUCUCGUAUGGCUGAAGGAACAAGGCUAUGAUGUCAUUGCCUACCUGGCGAACAUCGGCCAGAAGGAAGACUUUGAGGAAGCCAGGAAGAAAGCACUGAAACUCGGGGCCAAAAAGGUGUUCAUUGAGGACGUCAGCAAGGAGUUUGUAGAGGAGUUCAUCUGGCCAGCCAUCCAGUCCAGUGCACUGUACGAGGACCGCUACCUCCUGGGCACCUCCCUCGCCAGGCCCUGCAUCGCCCGCAAACAAGUGGAGAUUGCCCAGAGGGAGGGAGCCAAGUAUGUGUCUCAUGGUGCCACAGGAAAGGGAAAUGACCAGGUCCGAUUUGAGCUCACCUGCUACUCACUGGCCCCUCAGAUUAAGGUCAUCGCUCCCUGGAGGAUGCCCGAGUUCUACAACCGGUUCCAGGGCCGCAAUGAUCUGAUGGAAUAUGCAAAGCAACACGGAAUCCCCAUUCCAGUCACCCCCAAGAAUCCAUGGAGCAUGGAUGAGAACCUCAUGCAUAUCAGCUAUGAGGCUGGAAUCCUGGAGAACCCCAAGAACCAAGCACCUCCAGGCCUCUACACAAAGACCCAGGACCCCGCCAAAGCCCCCAACAGCCCUGACAUCCUUGAGAUUGAGUUCAAGAAAGGCCCACCGCCCUCUCCUCCCCUAGGGGUCCCCGUGAAGGUGACCAACGUCAAGGACGGCACCACCCACCGCACGUCCCUGGAGCUCUUCAUGUACCUGAAUGAAGUCGCGGGCAAGCACGGUGUGGGCCGCAUUGACAUUGUGGAGAACCGUUUCAUUGGGAUGAAGUCCCGAGGUAUCUACGAGACCCCAGCAGGGACGAUCCUUUACCACGCUCAUUUAGACAUCGAGGCCUUCACCAUGGACCGCGAAGUGCGCAAAAUCAAACAAGGCCUGGGCUUAAAAUUCGCCGAGCUGGUGUACACGGGUUUCUGGCACAGCCCCGAGUGUGAAUUUGUCCGCCACUGCAUCGCCAAGUCCCAGGAGCGUGUGGAAGGGAAAGUGCAAGUGUCCGUCUUCAAGGGCCAGGUGUACAUCCUCAGCCGGGAGUCCCCACUGUCCCUCUACAACGAGGAGCUGGUGAGCAUGAACGUGCAAGGUGAUUAUGAGCCUAUCGAUGCCACUGGUUUCAUCAAUAUCAACUCCCUCAGGCUGAAGGAAUAUCACCGCCUCCAGAGCAAGGUCACUGCCAAAUAGACCCGCUGACAAUGAGGAGCUGGGCCUCCUCCUUUGCCCAUCUCCUGAGCACAGGCACUAAUUGUUGUGAUAAUUUGUAAUUGUGACUUGUUCUUCCCGGGCUGGCAGCCUGGUGGGGGUGCCAGGCCCCAGCUUUGUUCCCUGCUCCCCAGUAGCCUGCCCAAGUGGUCAUCAGUAGCCUGCCCAAGUGAUCAUCAGAGGAGAGGGUGAGGUUGGCGUCGGUGGGGAGAUGCAAAAUGACAAUUAAAAAAAAAAGAUACAUUA